AGUUCAGUCUUGAGUGUACUGUCUGCAGUACUCGGUAACCACGGCGUAAAUUAAUUAUAUAAAAUAAUUCAUAAAAGUUUUUAUUGAAGUGCUCUAUAAUAUAAAAAUGUUGGGAAGACUUGCUUGUUUAGCUGUUUUGUUAUUACUGGGACAACAAGUUUUAGCACAAACUCAAACCAAUGCACCAGUAUAUUGCAAUAAUGCCACAAGCAUUACUAACUUUACACUAAGUGAUUUGUCCGGUGUUUGGUAUGAGGUAGCAAGGAAUCCUGCUACGCUCAUAAGCGUACUUUGUACUCAAGUCAACAUCACAUCAAUGCCGAACAAUAUAAUGAACAUACAGACCACCUACUCAAAUUCUCCAUCAUAUCCUUGGGUUAACGUAACAGAAACUGCAAAUGUCACUAGCACUAUUUCACAAUAUGGCUUCAAUGUAACAUAUUACUUAUAUAACACACCAUCGCAGACGACCCUAACCUUUAAGGUACUAGCUCUAAAUCCAAGUACGAAUGCCUACAUUUGUGGUUACUCAAAUGGUAGUGAUCCUAGCACCUUUUUUGACGUAAUCUUAUCACGUCAACGCAUAUUGAAUUCUACAACUUUGACUGCUUAUGAAAAUGGUGGUCCACCUAAUUUCGUUGGUUUCGGUAGUUCAGUGAUGACUCCAAUAUCGCAGACUCAGAGCUGCUAUGCCAAUGGUGCCACUUCCACAGUUUCAUUUAUGGGUGUGGUUCUUGCCUUGCUUUAUGCAAUGUUCCACUUGGUUCAGUAAACACUCAACUAUGUGAUCAGAAAUUAUCACAAAAUUUUAAAGUUUUUAUAUUAAUGUAUGUUUUUUUAUAAAUAUUAACAUAUGAAUAAACAUGACAAUGGACAUGAGUUCCACUUA